AGCUCCACUAUCUUUAGCCCUGCCGCGGAUUACGCUGCGCAGUGAGUGUGGGAUCAGUCGGACGGCAUCCCCUCUGCUCGGUUUACCGCUGCUGUCUGUAACAUCGCGCUUAGCUCUCUUUCUGCGCCACUAAAACCAUAAAGCAAAACAGAAACAGAAAUAAAGUGAUGGGGGAAUGACAACAACAUUCGUCGGUCCUCCGUCAAGCAGAAGACCCCCAGGAUGCUGCUGCUGUUUUCCAGUCCGCGGUGCGGCCACCAGCACCGGGCCUCGCUGCCGCUGCUGUUCGCCGCCGCUUUGCCGCUGCUUAUGCUGCUAUGUUACGUCCCCGUGAGCGCCAGCCUCCCAGCUCACAAAAAGUGCCCUCCGCCGAUAGACUGCGCCCGGCAGAGACGCCACCACUGCCACUCACCAUCGUCUGACUGCGGCUCCUGCCUCUUCCCGUUUCGGGAGAACGACGAAGGACGCUGUGUGCCGAAGACGCACCAUAAAAAUGGCAAAGUGAGGACCUUCACUGAUUUGGACGAAGAAAUAGAUUUCCUUCACUCCAUCAUAGAAAAACAGGAAGUGUCGAAGAUAAAAACAACAAAAAAUCAACCACAAAAAACUGGUUCCAUUUCCUCUCCGGCGGAUCUUAAGGACAGCAGGACAGGAGCAUCUGAACAAAAAUCCCAGAAUAAGAACCGACUGUUGGGGGAAAUCCCACGUAGCACCACGGCAGCUCCGAUACCCACGGGCGCCGCCUUUCCCAACACGCCAACCCCGCAUCCCAGGUUCACUGCAGCUGAUGGCCGAGCCGGCCCUUUAGUUGUGCCCCAUCCCAAAAAUGACACCAUCAUUGUCAUCAUAAUCUCGCUGUGUGUUAUUGUGGGCACCGUGUGUGUGAUCUUGGCUUCUGUCUGUUACGUCAAGCUGCGCACAGAAUCACGCCUAGCUGAGAAGGUGGACUACCCUGCUUUCAGAGGACCGAGCGUUCCUCCAACUCCAGCCAACGGUUCAUCAACACUUGAUAAGACACUGGCUGAAAAUGCUCAGAUGUAUCACUAUCAGCACCAGAAACAACAGAUGCUGUCAAUGGGAAGUCACAAGCCUGAACAGAAAGGGCUCGACGCUGAGGCCACAUCAGACGAAGAAGAAGUAGGAGGUGGCUUCACAGUGUACGAGUGUCCUGGACUCGCCCCGACUGGAGAGAUGGAAGUUAAAAAUCCUCUGUUUGAUGAUUCAACUCUGGAUUAUCAGGGGAUUCCUAAGUGAACACUGAACACUCGCGCGCGCAUACAAAAAAUUUCUCUGGAAGAAAGCUCCUAUUUUCUCUCUGCCUGCAUGGAAAUCGAGAAUGAUAUUGUGGAAAUGAUUGUUUUCUCAUCCGCCUUUUUAACACAUAGGCCCCACUAUGGCUUUUUAAUGCUACAAAUAUGUAAUCAGUUCCCUGUUAAUUUAUUCCUGUCAAUGUUGUAGAGAAACUCUAUCUUUUAAUUUAAUUUUUGUUGAUUUAAGUCGAAGUCAAGCUAGUGUUAGUGUUUUGUUCUGAGUGUUUGAUUCUAAGUUAAUCUCUUUAUUCUUUCUUUAUUUUUGCAGCUAUUUCCAAAGAAUACCAUAACAGAUGAUAUAUAUCUAUAUGUGUAUAUAUAUCACACAUAUACUUAGGAAUAUUCUACUAACGCAGAUACCCUCUCUAAUUUUGUUUUAACAGAAUUCAUAUCAGUUUUCUGUAAAAAUGCAUCAUAAAAUGGUCAUUGAACUGUAACUGCUGGUGUUGCUCGUGUAUUUUCCUGUCCUGUAGGCUGCACAUGAAGAUUUUGAGAUGAUAAAGUAUAGAUAUUAAAGUUAUAUAGGUGAAAAUGAAGUACUUAAUGCUGUCUUGCAUGGUUUGACUGUAUUGUUUUAGUCAUGGCGAAACUUCGAUGGAUCGUUCUGCCUCCAUGUGUGUGCGUCAUAUUGCCAAUGGAGGGAGGAAAAGUGACUUUCCGAGCACUUGAAUGAAAUUUGAGACAAGCUGUACCUCUAGAUGUUUUACUGGCAAUCAUAAUGAUCCUGUAGUGUCCCUCUUUCCAAUCUUUGGGCUCAAACUAUCUAUGUGCUGCAAAAUGUACAUACAAAGAGUGAGAUUGUUCACUUUUUAUAGAUAUUUGUACAUGCAGACUAAAGAUUGAAAAUUAAACUUUUUACCACAUGUGGAGGAAAAA